CCUCUGCUCUGGCUGUCAAAAGGGGGUCGCUAAAGCGGUUGUCCGUCAGGGGAGCAAGCACCGCUAUGUACUGGAUUAUUUUCACCAUAAAGUGUACAAUUUACCUUCUUAGUUGAAUGUAAGAAUGCUAAACAUACUGACACCAGCUGUGUUUUGUUGAAAACUCAAUAUCAUUGGUCUGUCCGGCUUGAAUGCUCGGUAGCUAACGCCGGGGGCUAGCGUCAACAAAGCUAACCGUUAGCUUAGCUUUAGCAAGCUAGUACAUUUAAUUUAUCUGUGAAGACUGCUGUCGUUGAGGAAGACUAAUGACAUCGCUGGAAUGAGUCAAACUACUCCAAGGUUUCGAGCAUCUUAACUGGCUUCUACAGCAGUUCUAUGUUGCAAUGAGAAGCAUCGGACGUGAGCUCUGAGUGCUCAGAGGCAUGAAUUCGGUUUCCCCCAGCGCAGUACAGUACGUGGGGGGAGUGAUGCAGGAUGAGCUGGUGGAGAGCCGGAGACAGCAGCCCCUCGAUGGGCAGGGCAGCUUCGGUCUCAGGCCGGCAGAGCCCGCCAGAGAGGCUAACGGAGAGCCCGACGAGUUGGACAAACUGAAAUCCAAACUGAUGACAGCAUGGAACAACGUCAAAUAUGGCUGGACUGUCAAAUCUAAAACUUCAUUCAACAAAAUCUCGCCAGUCACCGUCCUGGGAAACUCCUAUCUGCUCAACAGCGAAGAUGAGGUGGAGCGGUUUCGUCUUGCCUUUGUCUCCAGGAUCUGGCUGACCUACAGGAGGGAGUUCCCUCAGCUUGAUGGCUCCACCUUGACCACAGACUGUGGCUGGGGCUGCAUGCUGCGCAGUGGGCAGAUGCUGCUGGUACAGGGGCUAUUGGUCCAUUUGAUGCCCAGAGAUUGGGCUUGGCCAGACGCUCAGCAGCUCACUGACGUAGACUUUGAGGUGUUCAGACCGCGUUCCCCAGUCCGGGCAGGAGGGGUCCCCAUCCCCUCCUUUGGCUCUCCACGAGGAUCCAACACACCUGAAAAGUCCCUGGCGAGUGAUCAGGUAGCCAGGUGCAGCCAGAAGAAGAGGCCUGAGUAUAUAAGGGACAGUCAGGCAGAGACCAUCCACUACAAGCUGGUCUCCUGGUUCGGGGAUCAGCCCCCUGCACCUUUUGGGCUUCACCAGCUGGUGGAAAUCGGUAAAAGUUCAGGGAAGAAGGCUGGAGACUGGUAUGGCCCCUCUAUCGUGGCACACAUACUACGGAAAGCAGUAGCCAAAACUUCUGUGCUCCACAACCUGGCUGUAUACGUGGCUCAGGAUUGUACAGUGUACAAAGAGGAUGUGGUGCAUUUAUGUGACCUGUCACCGAGCCAGACUCCGCCUGAACCGUCCAGGCAGGCCUGGAAGUCAGUCAUCAUACUGGUGCCUGUACGGCUUGGAGGGGAAGUCCUAAACCCGUCCUACAUCGAAUGUGUCAAGAACAUCCUGAAACUGGAUUGUUGUAUUGGAAUAAUCGGAGGCAAACCGAAGCAUUCACUUUACUUUGUUGGCUUCCAAGACGAGCAGCUGCUGUACCUGGACCCUCACUACUGCCAGCCUUUGGUGGACGUUUCACAAGUCAACUUCUCACUGGAGUCGUUCCACUGUAGCUCUCCCAAGAAGAUGCCCUUCAACCGCAUGGAUCCCAGCUGUACUGUCGGCUUUUAUGCCAAGAACAAGAAGGACUUUGAGUCUCUAUGUUCUGCUGUUAGUGAGGCACUGUCAUCAUCAAAGGAGAAGUACCCCAUUUUCACCUUCGUCGAGGGCAAAAGUCAGGAUUUUGGACUUGAGGGCCACAGCAGCAAUAACAGUGGACCUGCAGCCCACAUUCUGCCCCCCGGCCAACUGGGCAUGAGUAACAACAGAAGAAACAGUGAUGAGUUUGUCUUCCUGUAGGCACAGAGCAAGAUGCUCUCUCAGCUCUCACCAGCAGGGAGCAGACGAGGACAUCUCACUUCCUCUCCAAGGGAAAAACGGGAUAGUGUUGAUGGUUCAUCUGCUAGGUGGAAAGGACGCUUGGUCCAGAAGAAAAAAAAACAGUGUGGCUUCUGUCAUCACAUUUUGUGUGGAUGGGUAUUAUAAGCUAACAGACACUAAAGGGUGCUGUCCGCAGCAUUAUUUCACUGGAAAAAGGCAUGAUUUCAAAACAGGUCAUGGUUGGGAAUGUUUCUAGUACUUGAAAUAUUUUUGAAACACUUUAUCAUACACCUAAAGUGAAGCAUAUAUGACACAAAUCAAGCGCUUUAAGGUACUCCAAAAACACUCAAGAACUGUUUUUGUCCUGGUCUAAACUGGACAGUAGGUUGAUGUGGUCUCUACUACAUGAUAUUUGAUAAGCGCUCUGGUCAAUCGGGGGUGGGGUUCUCGACUUGUAUGAUAUAUCAUCUGCUGAACAUCUCUUUAUUUUGCAUUCUUUAAGUGUAUUUAUCUAGUUUAUGAACAUGUGUUUACGUGUGAGAAAGUUUGAGGUUACUGUAGUUUAUUUGUUUGUCUUUAAUAAGUUAAUGGGUUAGGGAGUUUAUCAUGUUGAGCGUAAAACAUGAUAGAUGUUAAUUCAUGAAGAGCAUUUUGAACAAUGAUUUAAAAAAUCUUGUGUUAUUUCUGCGCAAACAUGACACAGAUAACAAGGGUCUUUAUCUCCAACACGCUUUCCACUCGAUUAUUGACCAUUAAGAAUAUGAAACACUCCAAGAAAUCUCCACUUAAUUUCAAGAUCUAAGGCUGGGGGUGAUUUGAAAUGAUCCCUUUAGUUUUAGCGGUAUGUGUAUCUGUACAUGGCAAACUGCUUUCAUGAAGCCGAAUUAAGGUUAUCGGGACGCAUUUGCAAAUUCAAACCCAGAACAGCUGUCUUUUAAUUAUUUUUCAGCUUCUGAUCAGUUAUUCAGCCAAUAAGGUCGACCGAAGCUGAAUAGAUAAUUAACCUUCCAGGUUUUGUUAUGUCUGUUGUGUUUAGAUUGUCUGUUUUUUAAGGGAAGGCUACUGCUACAAGUUGCACUACUGUUACUAUUUGGUUUGUUGUCCAGAUUAAACUUCAAACACUGGAGUCACAUUUA